ACAUGCCGAAGGCCCCAAAUGCCAGCAGCUGCUGUCAUCUUUCACGCGUCUCGACGCUCUCGCCCUGCUCUCCAAAGCAAGCCCAUAACCACUUGAGAUCUCUUGAAUUUUCUAAGUCUUCGGGACUGCUUUUGUGAUCUGAGAUCUCUUUUUUAAUCACUUGCUGUCCAUUUUUUCACAAGCUGAAAUUGCAGAGUUUGUGAUUCAAGUAGAAGGGAAGCUAUAAUUGGACCUGUCAUGGAUGUUGGUUGUGUGGGGUUGAAGGCCAACGUAUAUUUGGGUCACGCGAAGAAAGGUGGUGUUGGCAGUGGAGGAAGUGGGAUUUGGGGGGAAGGGUUUUGCACCAGGGUAGCGAAGAAGUGUGUGGAGAGUAGGAGUUUGGAAAGGGGGGGUAAGGCAGGAGUUACAGUCUCUAUUCUCACUUCAGAUGUCAGCAAGGAGACCAUGGUCUUUCAGACACCAAUGUUUGGGAGUCAGAAGGCAGACCCCAAGAAUGUUGCUUCUAUUAUACUGGGAGGAGGGGCUGGGACGCAGCUAUUCCCGCUCACCAGUACAAGAGCCACACCCGCUGUGCCUGUUGGAGGAUGCUACAGGCUUAUCGAUAUUCCAAUGAGCAAUUGCAUCAAUAGUGGCAUUAACAAGAUAUUUAUUAUGACUCAGUUCAAUUCAGCAUCUCUCAAUCGACACAUUCAUCGUACAUAUAACCUUGGGAAUGGCAUCAACUUUGGUGAUGGAUUUAUCGAGGUUCUGGCAGCCACACAAACACCUGGAGAAUUUGGAAUGAACUGGUUUCAGGGUACAGCAGAUGCUGUUAGACAAUUCAUUUGGGUGUUCGAGGAUAACAGGAAUAAGAAUAUUGAACACAUUCUGAUUUUGUCCGGUGAUCACCUAUAUCGUAUGGACUACAUGGACUUCAUGCAGAAGCAUAUUGAUACAGGUGCUGAUAUCACAGUUUCAUGUGUUCCUGUGGGUGACAGCCGUGCAUCUGACUAUGGAUUGAUGAAGAUCGAUAAGACAGGCCGCAUUAUCCAAUUCUCCGAGAAACCCCAGGGUGCUGAUUUAGAAGCUAUGAAAGUUGACACCACUUUUCUCAGACUGUCCUCUCAAGAUGCUAAGAGAUAUCCCUAUAUUGCAUCAAUGGGAGUUUAUAUCUUUCGAAGAGAUGUUCUUCUAAAGCUUCUGAGGUGGAGGUAUCCAAAAUCCAAUGACUUUGGUUCAGAGAUCCUUCCAUCAUCUUUGCAGGACCAUAAUGUUCAGGCAUAUUUAUUCAAUGACUACUGGGAGGAUAUUGGAACUAUUAAGUCAUUCUUCGAUGCUAAUUUGGCACUCACAGAACAGCCUCCAAAAUUUCAGUUUUAUGAUCCAAUGACACCCUUCUUCACAUCACCUCGAUUUUUACCCCCAACCAAAAUAGAAAAAUGCAGGGUCUUAGAUGCAAUUAUUUCACAUGGAUGCUUCUUGCGGGAAUGCAGUGUUCAACAUUCUAUAGUAGGAGUGCGGUCACGUUUGGAUUAUGGUGCAGAAUUGAAGGAUACCGUGAUGAUGGGCGCUGACUACUAUGAAACUGAAGCUGAAAUUGCUUCUCUACUGGCAGAGGGUAAGGUGCCAAUUGGCGUGGGACAAAAUACCAAGAUCAGUAAUUGCAUCAUCGACAUGAAUGUCAGGAUUGGAAAAAAUGUCAUCAUUGCGAACAAAGAAGGUGUUCAGGAAGCUGAUAGGCCGUGUGAAGGGUUCUAUAUAAGAUCUGGGAUCACAAUAAUCCUGAAGAAUGCAAUCAUCAAAGACGGAACAAUCAUAUAAAGCACCCUUUUGCUGGAUGUUUCGUAUCGACGGUGCUUGAGGCCAUGGAGGUAGAGGAUUCAAGGCCGAUGAGCAAGGAAGAAGGAUAGAUGAGCCGGGUGAUGACCUUACGCUCUGUAAAAAUCAAGUAUGUAGGCUGGUGUUUAGUUUCUUUAUGGUUUAUAUUUUGCUAAUAAUAAACUUCAGAAGGCUUCCUACAACCUCCAGAAAACAAGCAGCUGGGUGGCAGCUGCAUCCUUGUACGCAAAUAAAUAGUUUAUUCAUGUUUCAGAGUGCUGUUAGUAUCAAUAAAUCAAGAGGCAUGUUGCUUCUUUUAUUUAUGUAAAUAAAUUUAGCUGUAGUGAGUCUUUAAGCCUUUUGUAAUGUGAACGUAUCACAUAAUGGAAAUCUAGUUGUUUACCCUUAUGGA